AUGCUGGGCUCCAUCGGCCGCUCGCCAACGAGUGAUGAGCUGCCCACGCUGCUGGCCUGGCAACGGCAGCUCAUGAUGCGCGGCGGUCGUGCAAUCAAUCAUCUGCUGAUUGGCCCGGGCAUGCACGGUCAGGGCAGCGAUUGGAGCUCGUGCUACGUCAACCCCGCCAGCUUUCACGAGGUGACCAACCUCGCUGGAUUCUCUUACGACACAGUGAAGCAGUCGAUGGAGCGAGUUGAUUACGGCACCUCCCUGCCCGAUGUUCUCCGUGCACAGCUCGCCCUCGACGCCACCGGCGCUCUCUGCAUCGAGACGGACGUCUCAAAGGUUUUCCUUGUGACGGCCUCGUCCGACGCGGGUGCAUGUGCGCCCAACCUCGAGGUUGACACUGCGCGGCUGCAGCUGGUUGGGAGUGCCUUGGGCCCAAUCACCUACGAGGAGCUCGAAGCAAAAAUUAGCGAUGGCUCCGCGCCAGAAAUUGCCAGCAAGCUCAACACAUCCGUGCUGGCGGUCAUCGUACAGUCUCUGGCCUCCAAAAGCGGCUGCUCGAGGUACGUGACGAUCGCGUCGUCAUCCGCGAUCGGCGUGAUGACCUGCGCGCCGGACAGCACCAAGCUGUACCGCAGCAUGACCGUAUUGCCCAGCCUCAGCCCGGACGCGAUCGAGGACUCAAACGAUGCGCGGGUCGGCCGCACCAAGCCGUCGACGGCCACGCGGAUCAGCUUGGGCUGGAAGAAGCUGUCAUUCCCCAGGGGCAGCGGGUCCGACUGGCCCGGCCUGCCGUGGAAGUCGGCUUUUGAGAAGCCCUCGGAGCACCGACUCUUGUCCACCAAAAAGACCGUGAUGGUCGUGGUGGUGGCGGCGGGUGGCGCAGCGGUGGCGGCGGCGGUGCCUGCGGCGGCGGCACCUGGCGGCUGCGGUGGCGGUGGAAGCGGCGGCGGCGGCGGUGGAAGCGGCGGCGGCGGCGGCGGCGGCUGCAGCUGA